AUGUAUAUCCUAUCCAAGAAACUUCAAAAUCUCAAAAUCAAGCUGAGAGCUUGGAAUAUUGGCACUUUUAGAAAUUUCUCUGUUAAUGUCAAAACGGCGGAGGCUGAGCUUGACAGCAUUCAGGUGGAAAUUCAGGAUAGGGGUGGGAAUGACGUCCUUAAAGCCCGAGAAUUUAAGGCCCAAACCAAUCUUGCGAAGGCUUUGAGCAUAGAGGAAUAUUUUUGGAAAGAGAAAUCCAAAAUUAAGUGGCAUUUAGAGGGAGAUCGUAAUAUCGCUUUUUUCCAUUGUUUAACCAAAAUCAGAGGCGCUUUUAAACCUAUUAAUAUGCUCAUGAAAGGGGCUAACCGUAUCACUAAUCAGGCUUUAAUCACGGAGCAUGUCGAUUUGCAUUUGGUGGAGAGCUCUAUUCCAUGUCUGGUUACAGACAGUAUGAAUGGUCUGCUUACCAUUCUUCCUUCUGAAGCGGAUAUUAAAGCAGUGGUUUUUGCUUUUAACAGGGACAGUGCCCUAGGUCCUGAUAGUUUUUGGGAUAUUAUCAAAGCCGAUGUCAUUGCCGCGGUGCAGCAGUUCUUAAAUUCGGGUUGGAUUUUACCGGGUUAUUAUGCCAAUGCCAUUAUUCUUAUUCCUAAAAAGAAAAAUGCCAAUUCGCUAGACCAGUUUCGCCCGAUUGCCUUGGCGAAUUUCAAGUUUAAAACCAUCUCUAAAAUUAUUGUUGACAUGUUAUCUCCCCUUAUUCCGCACCUUAUUUCUCCUGAGCAACACAGUUUUAUUCACGGAAGACAUGUCAAGGAUAUUAUAGGACUUGCUUCAGAGGCUAUCAAUUUUCUUGACUCGAAGUCUUGGUGUGGUAGCAUUAUUUUGAAAGUGGAUACUAUGGAAGUUUUCAAUAUCUUGAAGUGGUCUUUUCUUUUGAAAGUCUUAUAUCAGAUUGGUUUUAAUAGCACCUUCUGCAACCGGAUUCAGAGCAUGCUGCAAUCUGCUUUCCUGUCCAUCUAUGUUAACAAUUUUCUUAAAGGUUAUUUCAAUUGUACGAAUGGGGUUUGUCAAGAUGUUCCGCUACCCCCUUUGAUUUUCUACUUAGUCAAAGAUGUCCUAAGCAUACACCUUUCCCACCUUUCUCUUUCGAGACAACUGGAACUUAUCAAAGCCCCUAACAAUGUCAAUGUUCCGUCUCACUCCCUUUAUGCGGAUGGUAUCCUUUUAUUUUCUGGAGGGAAACUUUUUAAUGCCAGGAAUCUUGCCAAUGCUUUCAAGGAGUAUUCGUUGGUGUCGGGUCAAGGUCUUCCUAAAGCUCUCUAUUUUCAGUCGAUUACGGAUAAGAUCAUUAGCAAACUCGCCUCUUGGAAAAGGAGAGUUGGGUAUCCGUUCUGUUACAGUGGCUUAGAGGAAGCUUGGGCUUCUAUUCUCAAACAUCAGAUUCUUAAAAAUAACUGGUUUCAUAAAUCUCACUUAUUUUCCUCUUUAUGGACUAGUGCCAAAUCGGAAUACUAUAACUUGACUUACAAUAUUGUCUGGCUGCUGGGUAACGGGAAGGAUAUUCGGUUCUGGUUUGAUAAUUGGUGUGGCACCCAUCUGUUUUUGGAAGCUCCCUCUUCCAAAGUGAAUGAAAAGCUUAUGGUGAAUCAUUUUAUGGAUCACAACAAUUGGAAUCUCUCUUCUUGUUCGGUCCCGGAUUCUAUUAAGGUUAGAAUUCUAAAUACUCAUAUUCCUUUUGACAUUAGGCCCGAUAAACGUAUGUGGAAACAUGACUCCUCGGGUGUUUUGUCUCUCAAGCUCGCCUACUCUUUCAAGCGCUCUGCCGCUAUUUUUGUUGAUUGGCAUCAAUUCAUUUGGUCCAAAAACAUUCCUCCGUCUAAAUCAUUUCUUUCUUGGAGACUCUUAUUGCAGAAAUUGCCUACGGAUGAACAACUUAAGUUUCGAGAUUUCUCCUUGCCGUCUAAAUGCAAUUUGUGUGGUACAGACAAUGAAUCCGAUCACCAUUUGUUCUUUGAAUGCAGACAUGCAGCAACUCUUUGGUUUUGGCUGCUUUCUAUGAUGCAAAUAAACUCCUCAAUCACUUGCUAG